GUUUGUGAUAAUGUGGAACUAAAUUGGUAUAAAAUAUGUCAACUCCAAUAUGGCAAAUGCUUGCUCAUGACAGAAACCAUAUGCUAACACAGGAUGGAACAGAGAAAUGGAAGUUCUUUCACUGGGUUUAUCCUGCUGGGUUUCUCUGACAGGCCUCAACUGGAGCAGGUCCUCUUUGUGGUUCUUUUGACCUUCUACAUCUUCACUUUGUUGGGAAACACAACCAUCAUUGCAUUGUCCCAUGUGGACCCACAUCUUCACACCCCUAUGUACUUUUUCCUCUCUAACCUAAGCUUUCUGGACCUGUGCUAUACUACCAGCAUUGUUCCCCAGCUCCUGGUUAAUCUCAGUGGAUCUGACAAAUCCAUCUCCUUUGGUGGUUGUGUGGUUCAGCUGUGCCUUGCUCUAGGAUUGGGAGGUGCAGAAUGUAUUCUCCUAGGAGUUAUGGCACUUGACCGCUAUGCAGCUGUUUGCAAGCCCCUUCACUACACAGUAAUCAUGCACCCCUGUCUCUGUGCCCUGAUGGCUUGUGCUUCAUGGAUCACUGGUUUUGCCAACUCCGUAUUGCAGACAGUGCUCAUCUUCCUUUUACCACUUUGUGGGAGAAAUGAAUUAGACCACUUCUUUUGUGAGGUCCCUCCUUUGCUCAAGAUUGCCUGUGUUGACACCACUGUGAAUGAGUCUGAGAUCUUCUUUGUCAGUGUCAUCAUUCUUCUUGUACCUGUUGCAUUAAUCACGUUCUCCUACAGUCAGAUUGUGAGGGCCGUCUUAAGAAUAAAGUCUUCUGCAGGGCAGAGAAAAGCAUUUGGGACCUGUGGAUCCCACCUGACAGUGGUCUCCUUGUUCUAUGGCUCAGCCCUCUAUGCAUAUCUUCAUCCCAGCAGCAAUGACUCCCAGGAUCAGGGCAAGUUCAUCUCUCUCUUCUACACCAUCGUUACCCCCAUGAUCAAUCCCCUGAUAUAUACAUUGCGCAACAAGGAAGUGAAGGGAGCAAUGAGGAGGGUGCUUUGGAAGGAUUCUGUCUCCAGAUGACGGGUUGAGGAAGACAAUUUAAUGAAAGGACUUUGAUUGUCAGAGCUCUUUGGAUGUAUGUAUGACCCACAUGUCAUCCAAAAUAUCCCUGGAAACUCUGAAGGGACUUUCUUUACUUCAGUUCUCUUUCAACAGUGAGUGUUCAAAAUCUAAGUUCAUGGCUUCAUUCCAACAUCCAGAAGUGCUGAUUCUGUGUUCCAUGAACAUCUGGUUUAUGUUUAUUAUUUUGAGAACUACACAGGUGUUUCUCAUUUGCACGCCUAUAUAGGAACAUCAUUACAUUUCUACUUGCAAAAAGACAUGUGAGUAAAUAACAGGAAGGCACAGCCAAAAUAACAAUACGCCACUGAAACACUGUAGGGACUACUAAUAUUUUCUAAUAUUUGCUAGAAGGAUAUCAUUUAUUCUUGCAUAUUGUUUUUCCUUUGGCCAUGCCUUCAUCAUGUAGAAGUUCCAGGGCCAGGGAUUAAACCGGCUCCACAGUGACAAUGUGGGAUCCUUAAUCCACUGUGUCACAAGAGAACUUUCUAUACUUCCAUUGAUCAUGGCGUUAUUACGAAGUAAAUGGGUUGACUGUAGGAGAGAUUUUUCACAGAAGUAGGUGGGGAAAAUUGAGAAAAAUAAUUUAAUCUCAAAGAAAACUCGUUACAUUAAUCCUGAUAAAGCCAUUCAGUUAUUAGUCACAACAGUGAUAUCACCAGUGUGGUAGCCAUAUCAUGUGGCAUCAUUUCAGAGAAGGCUGUGCAUAGGAAGCACUGGGUAAAAGGUGUGCUGCCCUGCUGCCAGUGCCAAUAGUAGCCCUCAUCUGGUAAUAAUAGCAGGGGGUGCUUGUGUAUAAGUGUGUACGUUGCAGGAGAAACCCUACUAUGAG